AUGGACCGUGUCCGGGAGCUGAUCAGGGAAGAUCCCUCGGCAGGCUGGGACAAGGCUUGGCAACAGAACGUAACACCCUGGGACGCGGGCCAGUCGCAACCACCGCUCCGAGACCUCCUCGAGUCCGACGAGGUUGAUCUUCCUAGGUCGGGACGCGCCUUAGUACCGGGCUGCGGUCGUGGAUACGAUGUGAUUCUCAUCGCGACCGCGCUUGGACUAGAGACGACGGGGCUGGACAUCUCUCCGGUCGCCCUGGAGGCUGCUCGUGCUCACGCAGCUUCGUCCGGUCUGCCUGCAGGCACGAAGGUCAACUUCGAGGGCUGGGACUUCUUCACGCUCGCGCCUUCUCCCGGGGAACAAUACGAUCUGAUCUAUGACUAUACGUUCUUCGUCGCCAUCCAGCCCUCGCGCCGUCCCGAAUGGGGCCGUCAGAUGUCCGCACUAGUCAAGUCGGGCGGGUACCUCAUCACGCUCGCGUGGCCCCUCGCGCCCGAGCCAUAUGAGAGCGGGCCACCUCACUACAGUAAGCCCGAGCACUAUGCGGAGGUGCUCGGCGAUGGAUGGGAGAAGGUCCUGGACAAGGAGCCAGAGCACAGCUUGGAACGGCAUGUUGGGUGCGAGAGGCUGAUCGUGUACAGGAGUUUGUGA